GCAUUCUAAAUGCGAUAUUUCAUUUCAUUUAAAUAGCAACGUAUUUCUUUUUAUAAGAUUCUUUACCCUUUUUUUGGAAAUUAAAGUAAAUAAUGAGUGUUUUAAAGAAAAGAAACGUAACAUUUGAUUCUAACAUUACUAAUCAAUCAACGUUAAAAUCAGUUAAAAAUGUUUUAAAAGAAAGUAUCAAAAGCAAAAAAUCUUCGCCACAAGCAAAUUGGUUAUCAGCAGCUCUCUACAUUGCUUUCUUUAUAGUGUUUUUAAUGUUUUCUAUAUUUGUUGUUGAUUAUCUUCAUGAAUUAAAUGACAGUGAUACUAUUGCAUUACAAACUGAUGAGUUUUCGAGGCUUUUUUUAAAAUUGCCCUGUUCUUCUGAUUAUGGAAAUUCAUUUAAAAAAUGUUUACCAAAAAAAUGUGGCAGAGGGGUCACAGAUAUUCUUUUUGAAAAAAAAGAUAUAACCCAAAUGCUAAACAUUGCUAAAAAGGGUAUGGAGCUAGGUGGUGGUAGUGGUGGUGCUACUAUUUUAGAUCUUCACAGUGGGGCCUUAAGCCACAAAGAUAAGUUUAUAAAUAUUUAUACAGUCAACUCUAAUAUUUUUAAUAAAUCUCAUUUUUUGAUUUAUACAAAAAUAAAAGAAGCUAUUCGCUUGAUGAUAGCAAAAGAAUUUGAAAUAGAUGAAAAGCAUUUAUACUUAACAAAACCUACAUUUUUCUCUCGUUUGAAUAAUGUGCCACCUCAAACUAAACACGACGAGUACUGGCAUCCACACAUUGAUCGAAUUACCUAUGAAUCAUUUUAUUACACUAGCUUACUUUACCUAAGCAAUUAUAAUGAUGAUUUUACUGGAGGUAGAUUUUUUUUUGUUGAUAAACAUUCUAAUAAAACUAUUGAACCUCGAUUUGGAAGAGUUUCAUUCUUCACUUCUGGCUCUGAGAAUAAACAUUAUGUUGAGCGAGUAGAAAAUGGCACAAGAUUUGCUUUAACUGUAUCUUUUACUUGUGACAAAAAAUACUCAAUUCUAGAUCCAGGUGUGUAGUUUUCUCGCAAAGAAAUAACUUUCUUUGACCAAAGUUUUAAAUUUAGCUCAAAUGUAAAGAAUUUUAUUUAUUCAAUUAUGUAAAUGUUGGAUUAUUUCAAUAUUUAUUUAAAUUAA